GUGACCGUGUGAGGUGGGCUGUGUCAGUGGUGCUCCGCAUAGAAGAGGGAUUUCGAGUGAAUCUGCAAGAACAUUCGAGGUUUUACAAUGCCCUGCUGAAGUCACCGUCGUGAUCCCCAGCGCCGGACCGUUUCUCCGGCCCGAGGAGCGACCCUGCGCGCCGUGAUGGCGGCCUCGCGUGGCCGAGCCAUGGCGCCGCCUCUGCCGCUGUUGUUACUGUCCGUCGUUCUCGGCGGCGCGGCGCUGUGGCCGCCGGCGGCCGCAUCGGCCGUGCUGGAGGAGCCGCCGCAGCCGGUGCGGCGUCUGAACGCGCCGGCCGACGCUCCGGUGGGACACAUAGUGACGACUCUGGGCUCUGGCGCGGUGCUGCUGCCCUCAGAGUACAGUGAGCGGUUCGCGAUGGUCACCGGCGGCCGGCUGAUGACCGUGCUGCCGCUCCAGGACCUGGCCGGCGCGCGUGUGCCGCUGCAGGCCGAGCGCGGCGGCGAGCUGGUGCCGCUGGAGGUGCGAGUGCGCCCGCCCGGCGGUCCGCUCCACUGCGACCAUGAACUCUACGAGGCGCACGUGUUUGAGAACGAGCCGGCCGGCGCGGACGUGGAGGGUGCCGGCGCCAUCGUGGCAGGUGGCGGCGCCGCCCCGGAGGCCCGGUACAGCCUGAUAGCCGGAGACCCGGACGACCUGUUCCGGCUGGAGCCGCGGCGGGGCGCGGCGACCGGCGUGCGCCUGGUGACGGCCGCGCCGCUCGACCGCGAGCAGCGCGCGCGCCACGAGAUCACCAUCGAGCUGGCCGCAGCCGACGAGCGCGCCGCCUGCCACGUGCUCGUGCACGUGAUCGACCGCAACGACAACGUGCCCGUGCUGGCGCGCGAGCUGUUCACCUUCGCGGCGCCGCUGUCGACGCCGCACAUGGCCGAGGUGGGCCGGCUGGAGGCGGCUGACGCUGACGGCGAUCGGAUCAGCUUCCAGCUGGCGGCGCCCAGCGAGGUGUUCGUCGUGGAGCCGCUGACCGGCAGGAUCCUGCUGGCCGGCGCGCCGCGCGCCAAGGCCUACGAACUCCUCGUGUCGGCCAGCGACGUGCGAGACGGCCGUCGGUACCAUACCAGCGCCCCGGCCCGCGUGCACGUCGAGUUCGGCCUGACGCCCGAUGAGGGUGAGAAGGCCGACGUCUCGGCAGCCGAUGACGAGCACCGGAUCGCCAAGCGCCGCGUGCGCCGCGCCGUGCGUCCCACCAAACGGCUCGAGUUCCGCGAGAAGGACGGCAACCAGGUGGGCAAGGAGAUGUUCAUCCUGACCAAGGAGGUUGAGUCGGAGACGUUCAAGAUUCGCGACGAGAACCCGUGGGUGACGGUCGAGCCGAACGGCCAGGUCAAGGUGAAGAAGAAGUGGGACUACGAGGAGCUCGGCCCGGAGAAGAGUAUCGAUUUCUGGGUGACGGUGAAGAACACGCGCAGCCGCUCCUCCGGACCCGGCUACACGGGAGGAACCUACCAGGACAACCAGCGCAUCAUCAUCCGCGUGGAGGACGACAACGACGAGAACCCCUACUUCAUCAACCGGCCGCUGCCGAUGCAGGCGGUGGUGAAGCUGAACGCGCCGCCCAACACGCCCAUCUUCACACUGCAGGCGCGCGACCCGGACACGGACCACAACAUCCACUACUUCCUGGUCAAGGACCGCACCGGCGGCCGGUUCCAGGUGGACGAGCGGUCGGGCGUGGUGCGCACACGCGGCUCGGAGCCCUUCCAGUUGGACAUGGAAUACUUCCUGUACGUGCGAGCAGAGGACCAAGGCGGACGGGACGCCAUGGGCAGGUUCCAGUCCACAGAGGAGGAGCGGCUGAGCAUCGUCGGCGGCAAACGGCAGCCCCAGUUCUACAUGCCAGGAUAUGAGGCCAAGAUCUUCGAGAAUCACCAGAAAGAUACCGACGUGAUCUCUGUGAAGGCCAAGUCGUUCGCCGACCGCGAGAUCCGCUACACGCUGAAGGCGGAGGGCCAGGGCGCCGGCACGUUCAACAUCGGCCCCACCUCGGGCGUGGUGAAGCUGGCCAAGGAGCUGGACUUUGAGGACGUGCGUCAGCCGCACAUGUACAGCCUGGUGGUGACGGCCACAGAGGACUCGGGAGGAUUCUCCACCAGUGUCGAGCUGACCAUCAAGGUGAUGGAUGUGAACGACAACUCACCCAAGUUUGAGCUGCCCGACUACCAGACGCACAACGUCGAGGAGGACAUCCCGAUCGGCUCCGAGCUGAUCCGCGUCAAGGGCACGGACGCCGACAGCGGCACCAACGCCGACCUCACCUACUCCGUGUCCGACGACCACUUCCGCGUGGACGACAAGGGGGUCAUCUACAACAACCGAGUGCUGGACGCGGACAACAACAACGGGCUCUACCAGUUCCUGGUCACCGCCACCGACAGAGGCGAGCCGGCCAAGACGGGCACCGCCACUGUCCGCGUGUACACCAAAAACAAGAACGACGAGGAGCCGCGCUUCACGCAGCAGGUGUACACGCCCAAUGUGGACGAGAACGCCGGCCCCAACGCGCUCGUCACCACCGUGGUGGCAUCGGACAAGGACGGCGACCGCGUCAAGUACGGCUUCGCCAACGGCGGCAACACCUACGGCCAGUUCAUGAUCGAGCAGAACACGGGUGUUAUACGGCUGAGGAACGGCGCCAUCGAGCUCGACCGGGAUAAAUACGAGGUGAACGUGACGGCCACGGACGACGGCUCAUGCUGUGACGGCGGCGGCCGGACCAUCCACACCAGCACGGCCGUGGUGGUCGUCUUCAUCACGGACGUCAAUGACAAUAAGCCGCUGUUCAAGGACUGCGACAAGUACCACCCCACAGUGGAGGAGUCCGCCUCCAACGGCAGGUUCGUUCUGGAGGUGAAGGCGACGGACGCCGACAAGGGCAUCAACGGCCAGGUCAAGUACAGCAUCGUGCAGCAACCCAACCAGAAGGGAACCAAGUUCACUGUCGACGAGGACACCGGCAAAAUAUACACCAAUAAGGUGUUUGACCGCGAGGGCGACGACGGCAAGUUCGUCUCGGUGACGGUGAAGGCGACGGAUAAGGGCUCGCCGUCGCUGGAGGGCGUCUGCAGCUUCACCGUCGAGAUUCUGGAUGUCAACGAUAACCCGCCGCUCUUCGACAGACAGAAAUACGUCGAGAACGUGAAGCAGGACACACACGUGGGUUUCAACAUCCUGCGCGUGUCGGCGUCGGACGAGGAUGCGGACAACAACGGUGUCAUCGUGUACAACCUGUCGGCACCGCAGAACCCCAGCGACCUGGACUACUUCAGCAUCCAGCCCGACUCCGGAUGGAUCACACUGCAGAAACCACUCGAUCUGCCGCAGUACAGGCUGCGUGUGACCGCCACAGACCUCGGUCGGCCCGAGCGGCUCUCCUCGGAGGCCGAUAUCGUGCUGGACGUCAUCAACCGCGACUCGAACCCGCCCAUCUGGAGCCAGAGUGUGUACGGACCCGUGCACGUCCCAGAGAACGUCGCCGUGGGACAGCGCGUGUAUACGAUGCGCGCCAGCUCUGGGAUCGAGGGCAACCCGACCGUGUUCUACUCUCUGAUCCGGGGAAGCACCCCGCAGACCAACAAACACGACACGUUCUACCUGCAAGAGCGCAGCAAGAACGGCGAGACGUGGGCCGACAUCCAGGUCAACCAGCCGCUCGACUACGAGGACAUCAAGGAGUACAACCUCACCAUUCGGGUCGAGAAUAACGGCGCUCAGCAGUUGGCCUCUGAGGCGACCAUCUACAUCGUGCUGGACGACGUUAACGACGAGAUCCCACUGUUCACGGAGCGGGAGCAGGAGACGGUGCUGGAGGGCGAGCCGCCCGGCACCAAGGUCACGCAGGUGAACGCCAUCGACAAGGACGGCACCUUCCCCAACAAACAGGUCUACUACUCCAUCAUCGACUCACCCCGCAACGAGGGCAAGGACUUUUUCGAGAUCAACGAGCACACGGGCGAGAUAUUCACCAAGAAGACGUUUGAUCGCGAGUACAAGCAGGCGUACGCGCUGGAGGUGGCGGCGCGGGAUGGCGCCCCCUCGUCGCGAACACACUCGGAUGGACAGCCCAACACGGUGACCAAGUUCAUCCGUAUCGGUAUCUCCGACAAGAACGACAACCCGCCCUACUUUGACAAGCGUCUGUACGAGGCCGAGGUGGAUGAGAACGAGGACAUUCAGCACAUAGUGCUCACCGUGGUCGCCAAGGAUAUCGACGAGUCGUCCCGGAUCCGUUACGAGCUGACCCAGGGUAACGUGGGCGGCGCGUUCGGAGUGAAGAACAGCACCGGCGCAAUCUACGUGGCCGGCCCGCUCGACUUUGAGACGCGCAGUCGGUACGAGCUGCGGCUGGUGGCCUCGGACAACCUGAACGAGAACUACACGGACGUGGUGAUCCACGUGCGUGAUGUGAACGACAAUCCGCCGCUGUUCGACAAGCCCAUCUACCAGGCGCAGAUCACUGAGGAGGACGACAGAGGACUGCCCAAACAGAUACUGCAGGUGGCAGCCAAGGACAAGGACGUGGAGCGUCCGGCCGACAUCGUAUACUUCCUCACCGGACAGGGUAUCGACGUGGAUAACCCGAGCAACUCCAUGUUUACCGUCAACAGAACGACCGGGGAGAUCUCCGUCACCAAGCCUCUGGACCGCGACAUGCCGAACGGCCGUCCCCGCUGGCGGUUCACCGUGUUCGCCCAGGACGAGGGCGGCAACGGCCUGGUGGGAUACGCCGAGGUGCAGGUCAACCUCAAGGACAUCAACGACAACGCGCCCGUCUUCCCCAAGGGCGUCUACCGGGGAAAUGUCACUGAGAACGGAACCAAAGAGAUGAUGGUGAUGACGAUGACGGCCGAGGACUACGACGACCCCGAGGAGGGCAACAACGCCAAGCUCGCCUACAGCAUCGAGAAAAAUGUGGUCGACGAGACGCACGGCAAGCCGAUCUUCGCCAUCGAGCCGUCAACGGGCGUGAUCCGUACGAACGUGUGCUGCCUGGACAGGGAGAAGACGCCCGAGUACAGCAUCCAGGUGGUCGCCAUGGACGGAGGCGGGCUCAAAGGCACGGGCACGGCGCUGAUCCACGUGCGGGAUAUCAACGACAUGCCGCCGCGCUUCAGUAAGGCCGUGUGGAACACCACGGUAGACGAGACGGACGGCGACGACCUGCCCGACAAGGCCAUCCUCACCGUGACCGUGCUGGACGAGGACGAGACCAACAAGUUCCACUACAAGGUUCUCGAGGACACGGGCUACGGCGCCGACAAGUUCACCAUGGUCCGCAACAGUGACGACACCGGCUCGCUGAAGAUUGUCCAGCCGCUCGACUACGAGGACAUGAACGACAGGAACGGAUUCUCGUUCACCAUCCAGGUGAACGAUAAAGGCGAGGACCAGGGCGACUCGAGUCACGUGGCCAGGGCGCGCGUGCACGUCAAACUGCGGGAUAUCAACGACAACAGACCCAUCUUCGACCGGCCCAACAUCGAGGUUCACGUCAAGGAGGACGCGCCGGUGGGCCAGCACCUGGAAACGUUCCACGCCAAGGACCCCGACCAGGGCGGCCGCAGCAAGGUAUCCUACGCCAUCGACCGCGAGUCGGACCGCAAGCGUCAGUUCACCAUCAGCGGCCAGGGUAAGGUGUCCAUCCAGCGCGGCCUCGACCGUGAGGAGGUGCCGCGACACCACAUCAAAAUACUGGCCAUCGACGACGGCGUGCCGCCCAAGACGGCCACCGCCACGCUGACGGUGAUCGUGGACGAUGUGAACGACAACGCGCCCACCUUCCUGGAAGAUUACCGGCCGGUGCUGAUGGAGAACGCCGCGCCGCGAGAGGUGGCCGAGGUGAUGGCCGCAGAUGCCGACGACCGGAGCAGUGGCAACGGGCCGCCGUUCACCUUCAAAAUGGACCCCAGAGCCGACGAUACCAUCCGCUCCGGGUUCCGCGUGGAGCACGACUCGACGGGAAACAACGGAGACGGCAUGGCCAUCGUCCGCUCGCUGAAGUCCUUCGACCGAGAGGACAGGAAGGAGUACCACGUGCCGAUUGUGAUCAGGGAUGCCGGCAAGCCGUCGCUAUCUGGUACGUCUACUCUGACUGUCAUCAUCGGCGACCUCAACGACAACAGGAUGUACCCGGGAAGCAAGGAGAUCUUCGUCUACAACUACAAGGGCAUGAACCCGGAAGUGGCGAUCGGCCGUGUGCACGUGACGGAUAAGGACGACUGGGACCUGCCGGACAAGACGUUCUACUGGGAGGGCGCCGAGCACCCCUCCUUCAUACUGGACGAGCACACGGGCACCAUCACGAUGCGCCGGCGCACGCUGGAGGGACGCUACCACCUGCGCUUCCACGUGUUCGACCGCAAACACACCCAGAGGGAUAUUGAUGCCAACGUGACGGUGGUCGUACAGAACCUCCCCGAGGAGGCGGUGCUCAACUCUGGCUCGGUCCGCAUCGCCGGCAUCUCGGACGAGGACUUUAUCCGCGUCUGGGACGAGCGAGAGAAGGCCGUCAAGAAGAGCAAGCUGGAAAAGUUCAGAGAGGUGGUAGCCGGUCUGGUGGGCACGCCGGUCGGCAACGUGGACGUGUUCUCGGUGCAGCUGAAGCAGGAGCGGCCGCCCGUCAUCGACGUACGCUACUCGGCGCACGGCUCGCCCUACUACAAGGCCGUCAUGCUGGACGGCAUGCUGCUCACAAACAGGAUCAAGGUGGAGGAGGAGGUGGGCAUCAACAUCACCAUGAUCAGCAUCGACGAGUGUCUGUACGAGAACGUCAACUGCGAGGGCAGCUGCACCAACAACCUGGUCAUAUCGACCAUCCCCUACCUGGUCAACGCCAAUAAAACAUCACUGGUCGGCGUGCGCACGGAGGUUGUACCGGAGUGUACGUGCAUGGCUCGCAACUUCACUCGCGAGGAGUCGUGCAGCACAAAUGUCUGCCUGAACGGAGGGAAAUGUGUUCAGCAGCGCGAGGGAGGCAUCAAGUGCAUGUGCCGGGCCGGCUACGACGGUCCGCGCUGCCAGCAGACGAGUCGCAGUUUCCGCGGCGACGGCUGGGCCUGGCUGCCGCCGCUGUCACUCUGCGAGGAGACUCACCUCGCUGUGGAGUUUGUGACCCGCAGAAAGGACGGACUGAUCCUGUACAACGGACCGAUCAAACCGCCAGAGGCCGACCAGCCCGUGGUGUCAGACUUCAUCGCGCUGGAGCUGGAGGAGGGUAACCCGCGCCUGCUGCUCGACUUUGGCUCCGGCACCCUGGAGCUGCGCGUGCAGACGGCCGCCGGCCUGGACGACGGCGAGUGGCACCGACUGGACGUGUUCUGGGACCGCGAACGGGUGCGACUGCUGGUCGACCUCUGCGCCGCCGCUCAGGUCGUCGAGAACGACGACGGCCUGGAGCCGGUGUUCCAGGACGGCACGUGUGCGGCGCGCGGCACCAUCCCGCCGUUCAACGAGUACCUGAACGUGAACGCGCCGCUGCAGUUGGGCGGCGUGGCGCACUCGACGUUCGCGCAGCCGGCCUACGGCUGGGAUCACAAGCCCAACGGGAAGCCGUUCGACGGCUGCAUCCGGAACCUGGUGGUUAACAGCGAGAUGUACGACCUGUCGAACCCGGGCCUGAACCGUCACUCGUACCCGGGCUGUCCGCAAGUGGAGACGGUAUGCAGCGGCGCCGACCUGGCCUCGCGCUGCGGCGAGCACGGACGCUGCGUCGGCUCCAUGACGCGGCCCGACUGCGAGUGUAACCCGGGAUGGUCCGGCCCCGCGUGCUCGAUCCCCACCAUCCCUGCCACGUUCAAACCCGAAUCGUACGUGAAGUACGCGCUGAGUUUUCCGCCCAACGACUUCCACACGGACGUACAGCUACGGUUCCGCACGCGGGAGGAUCACGGCGAGCUGUUCCGUGUGUCCGACCAGCACAACCGCGAGUGGUGCAUUCUGGAGAUCAACGACGCACGACUACGCUUCAGGUACAAUCUGAACAUAUUGCACACGGAGGAGCACGAGCUGACGCUGUCGGCGGUGACGGUCAACGACGGUCAGUGGCACGUGGUCAGGGUGACCCGGCACGGCUCGGCCGCCAUCCUGCGCAUGGACGGCGGCGAGGGCCGCAGGUACAACGAGACGAUUCAGUUCACGGGCCACCAGAAGCUACUGGUCGACAAACAGGAGGGCGUCUGGGCCGGCGGGAAGGCCGAGUACACGGGCAUCAAGACGUUCGAGGUCUAUUCCGACUACAAAAACGGCUGCCUGGACGACAUUCGUCUGGAGGGUCGCCAGCUACCGCUGCCGCCGGCUAUGAACGGCACCCAGUGGGGUCAGGCCACGCUGCACCGUAACCUGAAGAUGGACUGUCCGUCCAACGACCCGUGCGCCAACGUCAUCUGUCCCACGCCCUUCUCCUGCAUCGACAUGUGGAAAAAAUACGACUGCGCGUGCGGCGAGUUCAGCGUGGUCACUGCCGACGGAAAGGCGUGCGUGGACCGCAACGAGUGUCUGCUGGACAACCCGUGUCUGAACGGCGGCCUGUGCGUGAACCGCGACCCCGAGUACGAGUGCCGCUGCCGGUCGGGCUUCACGGGCCGGCGCUGCGGCGGCGUGGCCGAGCCGCAGGUGCUCCGGCUGAGCAUGGGCGCGCUGGCAGCCAUCCUCGUCUGUCUGCUCAUCAUCCUCAUCUUGGUGCUGGUGUUUGUGGUGUACAACCGCCAGAAGGAGCGCCAGUACCCCAAACAGGACCCGUACGACGACGUCCGAGAGAACAUCAUCAACUACGACGACGAGGGCGGCGGCGAGGACGACAUGACGGCGUUCGACAUCACGCCCCUGCAGAUCCCCAUCGGGCCCAUGGUCGGAAACGGAAAACCCAUGGCCAAAAUGCCGCACCACUACGGCGGCCAGGCGGGUCCCCACCCGGACGUCGGCUCGUUCAUUGACGAGCACAAGGAGCGAGCCGACACGGAUCCCAGCGCUCCGCCGUACGACGACUUGCGCAACUACGCCUACGAGGGUGGCGGAUCCACGGCCGGCUCGCUGUCGUCGUUAGCUUCAGGCCUCUCCGAGUAGUCUAGGCACCGACGAGAAUGAGCAGGAUUUCGACUAUCUGAACAACUGGGGGCCGCGCUUCUCCAAGCUGGCGGACAUGUACGGCCGCGGCGAGUCGGAGGAGGACGAGGAGCCCUGAGGAGCGCCCUGGAGAGGACUCGGGACCUCUGAGGACUCCUGGGUACUCUCUGGCGACACGCGGUCAGUUUUGAGUCACUGAGCUGCCGGGACUCAUUUCUAUAGCUCGGUGACAGUGAGGGUCCGAGGGACACGAUAGGUUCAUCACUCAAUGUGGACUCAUUACUCUAUGGGAGUCGCCAGCCCGCCGGCGGUUCUGGAGCCCGCUCGGGACUCGGUUAGGAGGGUGACGAGCGCCGUGACAUGCCAUGAGAAGAGUCAUGACGGCCCGCGAGGGCCAGCAUUCCAGACUGCCACUCGGCUGGCCAGAUCUCAGCGGUGUAUCGCGCGCCGGGCCCGCGCGGUGGCCGGCGCGGCCGGCGACAAUGCGCCCUCGGCGCGCUGCCCUCCCUCCCCGCUCCCUGCCUGCCUGCCUGCUGUUUCGCUGUAUGUCGUGUGGGCGCGCGUGUGAGGCGGAGAGCGGUGUGCGAGCGGCCGGUUGGCCCGAGUGUUUUGGUCAGUGAGCGGUCGGGGCGGGCGCCCAGUGUUGCCGUUUUCUACGUUUGAUACGCUGGCCGGCGGCGCCCUCUGCUCAGCGGCUCGUGUCGGCGGCGUGUCUGGCGCGCCGCGCCGCGCCUCGUCUCUCUAUGUGCGCGCUGCGCCGCCGCUGGAUGUGUUUGUUUUUUGGUGCCAACCGCGCGCGCUUUACGCGGAAGGCCGUCGCGCCAGUGGUUCUGUACGAAGGCCAUCGAAUUGCGGGAUCUCAGUGCUGGUGGUGGCUAGCCAUACUCAUCGGAAUCUCGCGCGUGGCCGGGCGCGGUUCACCUAUCGGAAUCUCACGAAAUCAAAGUGUGAGGCGCAUCUAGUCACGGUCGGCCGGCCUCUACCGAAACCCGCAUCGGUGGGGGCGCCCGGCGGCCGGCCCGCGUCUCACGCGCUCUCGAAAGCAAUAGUUGCGUCUCACUCGCCAUAUGAACUCCUGUCAGAAGGACAAUCACGUUUAGUGGCUUUAUGAUUUGCCAGCUCGCGAUUGGGCGGGGCUCAGUUGGUGUUGUUUUUGGAAGGUAUAACUCAUUUGUGAGAUUGUUUUGCCGGCGGUUUUGCGCUGUGGCCGCGGCUGGAUGCCGCGGGUGGACCAUCUUCAUUUGGACGUACAACUUGAGAGGUUAUGUUUUGUUCAUGCCUGUGCUUUCGGUGCUUGCGUUUUUUACAAUUUAUACGUGAUUUGUACGCGAGUGCUCGGUAUGAGGCGACUCUGUAUGGAUAUUCUGUAGGAUAUGUUGUAUGAAGUAGUAAAAAAUUAUGUCUCAAUAGCAUUGCGUUUUACUGUGGUGAUUCUUGAAUUUGACUGAUGAGAAUGAAUUUGGUUGAAUGAUUAUUUUGCACCGAUAGUUUCCAAAAACCAUCAUUUUGUCAGCGCCUACUGGAGAAACUACACGUGCGACCGAGUGCGUGCCACUUUUUGUAAUUACUUCUUCGUUUUAAUUAGGUCGGGUGGCCAUGAGGUCAACAUCGUGGCUUUAACAUCUCAGUAACCCGGCAUACUACCAUCCUACUAAAUUUGCAAAUAUGAUUUAAACACAACCAUGGCGGGUAACCGCCCUCAACGGUCCCGCCCUAUUCAUAAAUCAUUUUCCACUAGCUCGGUUGACAAUGGUCAGACCUCUAUAUUUGUCUCUCGACCUACGCAGACCGCAGUCGAAAGGAAUUCCGGCGAUCCAGUAUUGGAAGGAAAGAAAUUCGGAGCGACAGUACGGAGAAGGAAGCGGUCUGCAGAGGAAAUAUCACAUGAAAAUGUACCGGAGGAUGACGCAGCUACGGAAAAUCGCAUGGCUUCCCUGUCACAGCCCUCCAGCAGUGCAUCGCCUCAGAAUCGCUCCAGACGUUUCGCAGCUCGAAAAGCCCAAACACGGAUCGACUAUGCUGAGAACGUGCGGUCAAAUUCUCGACGGCACCUGGCCGGCUGGCCGCCGGCGGCCUCCUCAAGUGACGGCUGCUGUAGAGGUCGCUACGAUCGCGACCGGCCGCCGGGGGCCACUCGCUCCGGGAGGGGCAGGCGGGGUCGCCCCUCGGGCCAGCUAAGGUCACAGGGGUCAGAGUCGGCCGCGCCCGGAGGUGAUGCAGCAGUGAUCAGUGGCCGAGGAGUGUCACGGGAUAGUAGCUCAGUGAUAUGGAACGGUUAUUAUUGACGGAGGGGAGGGGGCCGUUACGAGCCUGUGGCAGCUCAUAGUUACACGUACUAAUGUAAUUUGUUGUUUUUAUUGAAUAGCUAUUUUGUUUUGUUUUACAAAUUCGCGAUUAGGUUUUUGCGUUAAUGUAGGUAGAGGUGUGUAUGUGAACAGUGUGAAUGACUUAGCUUGUAGGAAUCAUGUACCAUAUAAAUUAGUAUAGAUAGGUAACAGUGGCUAAAAAAUACUCGAGGAAUAAAAAAAUAAAUCCGUCUUAAUCA